GGUGCAUCGAUCGUAAAAUUCAGCACAAGCUAUGAAACGGGAGCGCAGCUUUGCAUGUUGGGACUGUGCUGGGAUUACUCACGAGCACCAGAAGUGAUUCUUGAGCGGGAUAACACCCCUGGGAAUUGCUGGGCCAUGCAAGGCUCUCAAGGCUAUGUCGUCAUCAAAUUGUCCGAAGCCGUCUGCCCGGUCGCAGUGACCCUGGAUCAUAUUUCAAAGAAAAUUUCUCACACAGAAGAAAUAACCAGUGCUCCAAAGAACUUCUCUAUCUAUGGAUUCAAAGAUGAUUUUGAGAAGGAAGAAGGGAACUUUUUAGGGUCAUUUGUCUACAGAAUCGAUGGUUUCCCUAUGCAAACUUUCAAGCUGGAGAGAGAAAAUUCAGGUAAAUUCCAAUACCUGCUCUUGAAGAUUUUGAGCAACUGGGACCAUCCAAAGUACACCUGCAUCUACGGGUUCCAUGUGUAUGGGGAACGAAUGGAGUGAUGGAGUGAUCAGAGAAAUUCAGUAUAAUAAAUACGAUGAUAAAGGCUCCGCUGAAGUGAAAUGCCACAGACAACAGCUCAUUUCCCCAAAACAGAGAGGAAAUUACCACAUGAACGGACGUGAAGAGUAACAAGCUCUGAUGAUUUUCUGGUACGAAAUAUUUGAAUAUAGGUGCAAUGUCUACCCUCAGCCACUGGAGCGCACCAAACCUCCACCAGAAACAAUUCUUUAAAAAAAGAGAAAGGAAAAAGGUGGGGGGAAAUGGCAAAUAAACCUGCUAGCUGAAAGGAGGUGUAUCACAGCUCGGCGGUAGAGCACAUAUGCUUUGUGUGCAGAGGGUCGCAGGUUCAGUCCUUGGCAUCUCCCUGGACUCUACAGUUCUCCUCAGUCCCAGUCAGAAUGGCCAAUGGUCAGGGAUGAUGGGAGUUGUAGUCCAACAACACCCAAAGGGCCACUGACAGGAGUUAUUAAGGAGUCGGAUUCCCAUCCU